AUGGCGGACCCUGCGCCCAUGCCAGUAUGGGAGCAAGUGGUCAUGAUACUAUUUGUGGGGGGGGGCAUCGUCCCGGUCGGCUUUUUUAUCGCCGGCUCUGUCGUCGGUUGCCCGGUAAGCACGAUAGCGAUCAUGAUCAUGGUCCAGAUGCAGAAGCAGCGCAACAAGCGCAUACAAGAUGAUAAGACAAGAUCUCGUGUGAUUCGAAACCAAAGCACCUGCGAGAACCACAGCACCUGCGAGGCUCUCAAAAAUCUUGCCGAGUUCACGGAUGGACGCCACGGGCCAUCCGAGGAUCUAUGCGGUUUCUAUCGGCACUUGGGAGUGCCAACAAAUGCAAGCGCAACGGACAUUGAGCUUGCCUAUGUUCAGUGCCGUCAGGAACUUGAGACCGCCGACUCAGGUAAUGGAGAGUUGCCGGAGUUGGAGCUGGCACAUCACGUCCUCUCCCACCCCGAGCUGCGACAGGCCUACGACAUGGCCGAGACAACACUCAAGCAGGUAGUUCAAAAGGGAGCCAUCGAUGUCGACCUCGUAGCCGUAGAGGUCUUUGGGCUAGACCGGUUUGAGAAGCAUUGUGGCACGCCCCUCUUUGUCAUUGUGGAGAAGCAUCGCAACGACCGACAAGGUAUCUUGAUAGCUUUGAGGUCUCGCUAUCAAGCCGUCAUUGCUAGCUCGAUGAAGCAACUCGCGAUGCUUGAAGUGUUGCAGAGUCUAGAAGACUCGGAGGACCCAAAAAACACCAACACUUGUGCGCUGCGCGAGGCAGUGCUAGCCGAUGCGAAACAUAUGGUGCAGACCCCAUAUGGCCCUCAGAUGCUGCAUCUUCUUGCGAACACCUACCGAUCUGCUGCCACGGCCAGUGGGUGUGGCCCCGCAGCUUGGUACGCCAGGCUAAGCAACUACUUUGCUGCAAAAGCUCGAAAGUCUCGCUCCAACGACGCCGUGACGUCCCUAGCUGCGACCAGAGAGCAUAGAGAGCACAUGCUGCCUUUCUACGAAAGAGAUCUCUACUUCGCCAAACGCAUUCACACUCGCCAGAUGAAGCUGGAUGGAGAAUCCGACACAGAGGUUGAUGACGAUGAAGCGAGUGACUUUGUCGAUGUCUUCUUCGAACAGCCAUCGGAUACCACGACUCACGACGUGGCUGCGGCCGCAGAUAGCCCUUCUUCUGCCUUUGCUUGCACCCCGGACGGCUUGCCGACGCGGCAGGCCGGCACAAUGCUUUAUGAGCCGCUUUGUGACGUGGAAGAGCUUGACGUUCAAGCACGUGCGGCUGUGAUCAACGCUCUCUGGCACGAUGUCAAAGCGGAUGUGGGUGAGCUGGUGUAUAAGGUCACGAGACGGGUUCUCCAAUACGACGCCAGUCAGCUACGGUCCCGCGUUGACAUCUUCUUGCUGAUGGCAGACGUGUUUGACGAGGUAGCACUCUCCAAAUAG